UGAGUAUCAAUUGACAAGCAGCAGUGUCUAAAGGCGCUCGACCGGAGAUGGUCCCCCCAAACACGGGCGCAGAAUAGUGGUCGUGCAAGGCUUCUGAGGAGGCGAGAGGACAGCCGAGGACGCCGGCGAUGCAUGCGUUCACUUCCGAAAAACCUAACCUUUCAGAGGAUCUCUCCUGUCAAAUGGGAUUAUUAUUUCUGUCGGGGUUUAAAGGGGAGCUGCCAGCUGCAAGUCCAUGCACAUUAAUUUAUCCGAUCAAAAACAAGACGGAGCACUCACUUUCUCCAUAAAGGUCCGCUGGAUGGUCACACUGAGGAUUCCACAGAGCAGGCCAUGAUGCCUCAGCCUCAGUCAGGGCUGUAGAAAACACACAGAGAGUGCCAAGCCCUGUUGAGUGAAUCCCCCCCCCCCAUCCCCCACCUCCAUCCCCAGUCGCCGGAGGUACCAUGGUUCCCCCCAGUCCUGGUGGAACCGUAGCCCAGUCCAGGGUGCCUCGCCCUGGGUACUGCCUCUGCCUCUACCCCCCUUUUUUGCUGCCACUGCUGCUGGUGCUCACUUCCCUGCCUAACCUCUCUGACGCCUUAGCGGCGCCCAAGUUUACCAAGAUUCCCGGAGACCAGAUUGGGGUUUCGGGAGGCGUGGCCUCGUUUGUGUGCCAGGCGUCAGGUGACCCCAAGCCCAUGGUCAACUGGAACAAGAAAGGCAAGAAGGUCAACUCCCAACGGAUAGAGACGAUAGAGUUUGAUGAUGGAGCAGGGGCCGUGCUGAGGAUCCAGCCUCUCAGGGCCCCCCGAGAUGAGAAUGUCUAUGAGUGUGUGGCCCGCAACACUGAGGGAGAGGUGGCCACCACCGCCAAGCUAGCCAUCAUACGAGAGGAUCUGUUGCCGUUUGGUUUCCCCAGCAUCGACAUGGGACCGCAGCUGAAGGUGGUGGAGAGGACCAGGACAGCCACCAUGUUGUGUGCUGCCAGCGGCAUCCCAGACCCAGAGAUCUCCUGGUUCAAAGAUUUCCUACCUGUAGAACCCAGGUCCAGCCUGGGACGCAUCAAACAACUACGCUCAGGUGCCCUGCAGAUAGAGAACAGUGAAGAGACCGACCAGGGGAAGUAUGAGUGUGUGGCCACUAACUCUCAGGGCGUACGCUACUCUUCCCCAGCCAACCUGUAUGUGCGAGGAUCAACAGACAAAUUGCGUCGCGUGCCCCCUCGUUUCUCCAUCCUGCCCGCCAACCAUGAGAUCAUGCCUGGCGGCAGCGUCAACAUCACCUGUGUGGCAGUGGGCUCGCCCAUGCCGUAUGUCAAAUGGAUGCUGGGUAUUGAGGACCUGACCCCGGAAGACGAGAUGCCAGUGGGACGCAAUGUUUUGGAGCUCAACGGAGUGAGAGAGUCGGCCAACUACACCUGCGUGGCCAUGAGCAGUCUGGGGAUUAUUGAGGCCACCGCACAGGUGUCAGUUAAGACUCUUCCCAAGCCUCCCGGUACCCCCAUCGUCACAGAGACGACCGCCACCAGCGUUACCAUCACCUGGGACUCCGGUAACCCCGACCCAGUGUCCUAUUACAUCAUCCAGUACCGGGCCAAGACACCGGACAGCAAGUAUGAGGCGGUGGACGGUAUCACCACCACCAGGUACAGCAUCGGAGGGCUCUACCCCAACACGGAGUACGAAGUUAGGGUGUCGGCCUUCAACAGCAUCGGCCAGGGCCCCUCAUCCACCCGGGUAGAGGCCAGGACAGGGGAACAGGCCCCGGCUAGCCCCCCCAGGAACGUCCAGGCCAGGAUCAUCUCCCAGAACACUGUCAUGGUCCGCUGGGAAGAACCGGAGGAGCCCAACGGACAGGUGAAAGGUUACCGGGUGUACUACACCAUGGACCCAUCUCAGCCCAUGAGUCUGUGGCAGAUCCAUAACGUUCAGGACAGCACCAUCACCACCAUCCAGAGCCUGGUACCCUCUGAGACAUACACAGUCAGAGUACUGGCCUUCACCUCUGUGGGAGACGGACCCUUCUCUGACUCCGUCCAUGUCAAAGUUCUGCCCGGAGUUCCAGGGCAGCCAGGGAAGUUCAAAGUGGGAAAGGUGACAGACACCAGUAUACAGCUCACCUGGGAACCGUCCUACAUCAAGGAGGGCAUCGUCAACUACGAACUGCUCUACAAACCUGUCAAGUUUGGCAGCCUGGAGAAGUUGACAUUCGGGCCCAGGGCGUCGUACACAGUGGAGGGUCUGAGGGCUAAUACAGAGUACUCCUUCUCCCUGGCAGCCAUUUCCAACAAAGGCAUCGGAGCCUUCACCAACGAGCUGGUCCAGAGGACAUCACAAGCCAAGCCAUCGGCUGCGCCCCUAGGCGUGUCCUGUGACAGCCCCAGGUCCACCUCCCUGAGGGUAAGUUGGAAACCACCACCCACUGAGACCCAAAAUGGCGUGCUGACUGGCUAUGAGCUGCGCUACCAGCAAAUGGUGUCUGGGGCCAGGGUCGAAGGUCAGGGUCCGGAGGUGAAGGGGCCUCCCAUCCCCCCAGAGCAGGGGCAAGUGGUGUUGGAGGGGCUAGAAAAGUGGACCUGGUACCGUGUUAUCCUGGCAGCUUUCACUACCGAGGGGUCCGGACCGGAGAGCCCGGCGCUGCUCUGCCGCACGGACGACGACGUCCCGGGUGCGGCCCCUCGGCAGGUGGAGGUCCAGCCCUUCAACUCCACGGCCCUCAGGGUCACCUGGCGAUCUGUGUUGGCAAGGCAACGCCAAGGCCAGAUCCGUGGUUACCAGGUGCACUAUGCUCACGUGGAGAGCAGCUCAUCACGCACCCUGCCCCGGAUCAAAGACCUGCUAUUGGACGACAGCCAGUUUGUGGAGGAUGACUUUACUGAAUACGAGAUGAUUGUGGGGGGUCUUAAGCCAGAGACCUCUUACUCCGUGUCUGUGGCUGCUUACACCACUAAAGGGGACGGAACACACAGUAAAGCCAAGGUGGUGCAGACACUGGGGAUUGUGCCUGGUGCCCCCUCCCUGUCAGUGCGCCCGGGAUCUGAGUCCUCCAUGGUGGUGAGAUGGGGACCCCCUUCAAGACCCGCCAAAGGGUCUGAAAUUCAGAUCCAGGGUUACCGGCUACAGUUUGGGCUGAAGAAUGCCACUCUGGACACUAUAGUGGAGUUUUCGUCCAGGGAGCGAAUGUACACUCUCACAGACGUAAUUCCAGGUUUGACCUAUGUCGUUACUCUUUCUGCCAAAAGCCGGUCGGGGUAUGGAGAUGAGUCGUGGGAGGAACUCGAGAUGCCCGAGUACCCACCCAGGGGGUACCCCCAAAUCUUGGAAUCCAUUAAUGCCACCUGCUGUUCACUCCAGUUCUCCUGGCUACCCCCUGUGCCAAGCGAGCGAAACGGCGUGAUCACUGAAUACACAGUAGCUUACCGGGAAGAGGGAGGUCUUGACCCUAUGGGCAUUGACCCUCUCGGUCCUCCUCGCCAGAUCACGCUCCCAGCCAGUGAGUCCAGCUACACCAUCCUGGGCCUGAACCACAGCACUGGGUAUGAGGUGCAGAUGUGUGCUCACACCAGCGUAGGUCCCGGCCCCUUCAGUCCCCCGCUGCUGUAUCGCACAAUGACAUUCGAGACAGAUGUCCCGAGGAACUUCUCAGUGAACCUGGCAACCAAGACGAGUGUUCUGCUGACCUGGGAGUUCCCCGACAGCCCCUACCCAUACCACUUUACUGUGGAGUAUAAUCAUCAGAAGAUGGAGGUGGAUGCCAGGCUGAGGAAAGCAGUGAUCCCCAACCUGCAGCCCGAUACUGACUAUGACUUCAAGAUCACCUCCCCCGAGGGCAACAUGGGCCGGCUGAGGCACCGCAUCCUAGCCAAGACGUCUCCACUAAUCGGCAUCCGUCGUCCAGAGAUAGACCACACCCGGGACACGGAGACCACCAUCACCAUCAUUCUGCCUUCACUGGAGAACCGCAGCCCUGUCAAGAACAUUUAUGUGGUGGUAGUUCCAUUAAGGAGGGCAAGGGGGGUCAUCAGGCAUCUCAAGAGCCCAGACGAGAUGGACCUGGAGGAGUUGUUGGACAUCAGUCAAAGACAGAGGGACUCUAGACAGCAAAAACAGGUUGACCUGCGUCGAGCCUAUAUCACUGCCCGCUUCACCCCUGAUACCCUGCCAGCCUUCUUCACUUUGGGGGACCAGCUGGACUACGGAGGCUUUGAGAACCGCGCUCUAGAACCGGGACAGGAGUACGUGUUCUUCAUCCUGGCAGAACUCAACGGCACCACAGGGAAGAUGUACGGGGCCAGCCCCUACACAGACCCAGUGAUAGCCCCCGACUCAGACCCCCAGCCCCUGGACGCGGGGGACGGUCUGAUCUGGGUGGUGGGACCCGUCCUGGCCGUGGUCUUCAUCAUCUGCAUCGUCAUCGCCAUCCUGCUCUACAAGAACAGCAAGCCAGACAGUAAGAGGAAGGACUCUGAGCCAGGCACCAAGAGCCUUCUGGGUAACGCUGAGAUGAUGGCCCACCACCCCACAGACCCCGUCGAGAUGAGACGCAUCAACUUCCAGACCCCUGGUAUGAUGAGCCACCCUCCCAUCCCCAUCACAGAGCUGGCUGAACACACAGAGCUGCUCAAGGCCAACGACAACCUGCGUCUGUCUCAGGAGUACGAGUCCAUUGACCCUGGUCAGCAGUUUACCUGGGAGCACUCCAACCUGGAGGUGAACAAGCCCAAGAACCGCUAUGCUAACGUCAUUGCCUACGAUCACACUCGCGUUGUCCUCGCUCCAAUAGAGGGUUCAAGUCCAGGUAUCCUGGGUAGUGACUACAUCAAUGCUAACUACAUUGACGGCUACAGGAAGCAGAAUGCCUACAUUGCCACACAGGGCCCGCUGGCGGAGACGUUCGGGGACUUCUGGAGGAUGGUGUGGGAACAGAGAGCAGCCUCCGUGGUCAUGAUGACUCGCCUGGAAGAGAAGUCACGGGUAAAGUGUGACCAGUACUGGCCGACCCGUGGUUCAGAGACCUAUGGGAUGACCCAGGUCACCCUACUGGACACUAUGGAACUGGCCACCUUCUGCGUGCGCACCUUCUCCCUGCACAAGAGUGGUAGUAGUGAACGGAGGGAGGUGCGUCAGUUCCAGUUCACUGCCUGGCCGGACCACGGAGUACCAGAGUACCCCACCCCGUUCCUGGCCUUCCUACGCAGGGUUAAAGCCUGCAACCCCCCUGACGCAGGUCCUGUCAUCGCACACUGCAGUGCUGGGGUGGGCCGCACCGGCUGCUUCAUCGUGAUCGACGCCAUGCUGGAGAGAAUCAGACACGAGCGCACGGCCGACGUCUACGGCCACGUGACCCUGAUGAGGUCCCAGCGGAACUACAUGGUGCAGACGGAGGACCAGUACGGCUUCAUCCACGAGGCGCUGCUGGAAGCAGUGGCUUGUGGGAACACGGAGGUGGCGGCCAGGAGCCUGUUCUCCUACAUGCAGAAGCUGGGCCAGGUGGAGAAUGGAGAGCACGUCACCGGCAUGGAGCUGGAGUUCAAGCGUCUGGCCAACACAAAAGCCCACACGUCUCGGUUUGUCAGUGCCAACCUGCCGUGUAACAAGUUCAAGAACCGCCUGGUCAACAUCAUGCCCUACGAGACCACCCGUGUCUGUCUGCAGCCAAUCAGAGGCCUGGAGGGCUCAGACUAUAUCAAUGCCAGCUACAUCGAUGGAUACAGGCAGCAGAGAGGUUACAUUGCCACCCAGGGUCCACUAGCUGAGACCACAGAAGACUUCUGGAGAAUGCUGUGGGAACACAACUCUACCAUCGUUGUCAUGCUCACUAAACUGAGAGAGAUGGGACGGGAGAAGUGCCAUCAGUACUGGCCUGCGGAGCGUUCAGCCAGGUACCAGUACUUUGUAGUGGAUCCCAUGGCUGAAUACAACAUGCCCCAGUACAUCCUCAGAGAGUUCAAAGUCACUGACGCAAGGGAUGGCCAAUCGCGGACAGUUCGUCAGUUUCAGUUCACUGAUUGGCCAGAGCAGGGAGUUCCGAAAUCUGGAGAGGGCUUCAUCGACUUCAUUGGCCAGGUGCACAAAACCAAGGAGCAGUUUGGUCAGGACGGCCCAAUCAGUGUCCACUGCAGUGCGGGUGUAGGGCGAACUGGAGUCUUCAUCACUCUGAGCAUUGUUCUGGAGAGGAUGCGUUACGAGGGAGCUGUGGACAUCUUCCAGACAGUGAAGAUGCUGAGGACACAACGCCCUGCUAUGGUGCAGACGGAGGAUGAGUACCAGUUCUCCUACCAGGCUGCCCUGGAGUACCUGGGGAGUUUUGACCACUAUGCAACCUAAGAGAGGAGAGGAACUGUCAUCCCUCCUUCCUUCUGCUCAGAUAGAGGUCCACAGAGAAACAAGGAACAACCAACGAGAGAAGCAGGCUGGAAAACGACAAAACAAUGAACCUUAAAUCCCACCUGAGGGACGACACUACUAACAAGGAGUAAUUAUUACGAGAACAUCAGCAACAAACAAAACAACAACAACAACAACUAGAUGAAUGUCAAAGAAAACCUGCGCUCUCAGGAAAGACCUGGAAAGGGUGUGUUGGGAGUCGGAGACAGACUACUACAUGUGUAAUCCUGCUUAUUCUUCUUACCUCAGUGUUCAAAAUGUGGAGGACUUAUAAUACCUGUGUGUGUUGUGGUCAGCUAUUUCAAAAAUGAAACCAGUGAAAAACAAAAACUGCUUCAGAAACAGGAGUUGUGAUAUGUGUGUGUAAAAAAUACAAGGACACAAAAAGCCUGGAUAUUUGCUGCACCCUAAAUGGGUUUUUGUGUUAUUAUCUUUCUAUCUAUGGGUUAAGUGUAUGAGGUGUGAAAGUGCAAAGGUGAACGUUUUCAUGUGUCUGUCGUUCUGCAUUCUGGUGUCUGUUGCUGCCAGAGCUAGUCCUGGCUUAACCUGAGCACAGUUUUAGACAGAGGACUAAACCUAGUCGUAGACAUCAAAGUAGGACUAGAGGGCUGGUUUGAGCUGCAUGUCCGUGAUUGGACGCCAGACUCUCCUACCCACAGUGCCAAGAGAAACCACGCUGUUCCUGGGCAGAUGGAAAAUGUACUUUGACCUCUGAUGAGGAGGAAUGGUGCCCUACUAUCUGUACAUCCAGCUUACAAUACAUGAGCAGUAAAACUCACAGAUCUAGAAUCAGUUUACCAUCCUUAAAUUGUAACCUAAACCAUUUGGUUGAAAAAGCUAAAUUGACCUUGAUCAGUGUCUGGGGGCAACUUCACCCUACUCCCAAGUGGGGAUCAAUAUUAUGACAAGUCAAUGUUUAGUCAUCCAUGCUUACUUGCUAUUGCUGACAUCAUAUUUCAUAACCUAAUGAAGGUAAAUGUUAAACACAGAUUAGGCAAUUCCAUGUCAAUCCCAGCCUGUCAUUUCAGGAGGUUCCAUGUAUGAAUUGAAUGUUGUCUAUAUUUUUCUUGGAGGGCCAUUUCGAUGAAUGAACAGAAUUUCAAAUAAUGGUCUUUUUUGGGGGUCAAUUUCCAGCUUCUGCAGAAACAAUUGUAAGGAUCCUAUUCAUUGUGGUUCAGUGUCUUUGCCUUAUGUUUCACCUGGUUGGAUCUCAGCAGCUUCCGCUGUAUCCCAUGUACCUGAGCUAAGCAUUGAGUGUCAUGAUGUAGCUUACACCUAUUGAACCUAUUUGAACACCUAUUUGAAUUGUCACUAUACAUUGGAAUGGUCCUGAUGGCUCAGUGGGUUGGAGCCGGGUUAUGACAGCAUUAAGGUUGUGGGUUAAAUUCCUGCUUGGGGCUACGUAUAUGGUACUGAAUAUGUGUGUUAACCGCGAGUUGCUUUGGAUGAAAUUAGUUUUGCUUGUUAAACAAUGUAAAUCCCAACGGGUUGAGAGUAGAAGAAAGAGGUUUGAACUCAAACUCAACCCACUCUCUUCCUCUCAGUCCCUCCCUCGGCUCACAGUGGCUCUUUACAUCUCCGCUCCGGUUUCUCUCUGCUCGUAGUCUUAUAACUGUGCAGACAAAAAAAACGAACGACACAACCCGAUGCUUUCACCUCAAAUCCACUCCGACAUUCCCCACCAUCCCUUGAGAUGUUGUCCUCUUCUCUUAUUGAUUUGAUGUACUAUAAUCUGCUUCCCCAGAUACGUCGUGAUUGUAGAGCACAGUAUGGUUUAUCGUACAUGAACUUGAACUGUACAUACCGUCUGACGUAUAGAGUUCUUUAUAGUCCAGUACAUAGGCCUGAGCAUAAGGCGUACAUUCAGUACAACACACAUAAUUAUUUAUUAUUAAAAAAAGAGCCUUAUUGUUAUUGUUGACUUUGUCAAAUAUUUAUUUGAUAUGAUUUUUAAAAUAUUUAUUAUCAUUCUAUUUUGUUACUGUUAUUAAGACUUGAUUUUUUACUAUUGGUUGAUUUGUUUAUUCAUAGUUUUAUUUGGGAAAAUAACCGAAUAUAACCAAUGAGAUGUUGUUUACUUGGCAAGCCAAUUUUACUGUAUGAUAUCAUCAAUGUUUUUUUAAUUGUCUUUUUUAUUUGCUUUAGUACAAUGUGUACAGCACUCUGUGUAGAGUGCUAUUUGAUACUGAUGUCCUCAUAGAUAGAUACUUAGAGCCAGACCUAGUUUCAGUUCAGUGACUCCCCCCGCCCCCAUUAUCAUAGCUAAAGUGGUACGAUCCGAUCGCCAAUACGGCAGCAUAGAUAGAAAGUUUAAACGGUCGAGGAAAGUACAGUAGUUGUUGAAAGUCUAUGCUACACUGUUCAAUUAGAGUGUACUACUAUAGAUCGAAGGAGUAUAUGAUAGCAUUUUGGGACAAAUGGUGGGGAAAGUAUUUAACAAUUAAGUUAUCCGAAUAUGAAAUUUAAGUUGGGUCAAAAGUUUAUCUGGUGUGACUUAACAUUUUAAUGAUUAAAAUAUAAAUAUACCUGAAAUGAAAGACCCACAGACUAAACAUGUGACAUCAAGUAAGGGCCAGUUUCUAUGGCAUCACAUAUAUCCUGUUACCUAGUAACUGUUAUUUUCUUUAAACCCUGGUUGUAGAUAGUAUUGUAUGUUGACUUUGUAUUAAAAGCAGGAUGAUUGGA